AGCUUGUUCAGAACAAAGCUCAGAAGCCAUCUUAAUGGAGGUGCUCAAUUCUCAAUCUCAAUCUCCAACUCAGUCUAAAUUGGCCCUGGAGAAUGUGCUUGGCAUGAAGGGCGGAGAUGGAGAUUCUAGUUAUGCCAACAAUUCUUUAUGUCAUUUAAAGAUGGUUCAAGCUUUGAAACCGAUUCUGGAGCGCAGCAUUCAUGAGAAUAUGAGAUAGAAGUUUAAUGGGGAAGGUAUAUUUAGGUUAGCAGAUUUCGGGUGUGGAACUGGGCGAAAUACACUUGUGGUAGCAGACACCAUUGUUAGAGCUCUGCAAUCCUCACUCGAGGAGCAGGAAAUGCCAGAACUCGAGGGUUAUUUCGCCGAUCUUCCCUCAAAUGAUUUCAAUAUGCUGUUUCGAACGUUGCCUCCGCCCCAACAAGGCUUUACCGACGCAGACGGUAAUGGUGUCUGUGAUAUAAAUCCCGUGGCCGCAAGAUCUUACUUUGUAGCGGCUGUGUGUGGAUCACAUUUCAAACGUCUCUUUCCACAGAAAAGCUUGCAUUUCUGUCAUUCUUCUGCCAGUCUCCACUGGAUUUCACAGGUGCCAGAGAGUGUUCAACAGAGGAGGUCUCCUCGUGUGUACGUUUCAAGUGAUUGCGAGGAGGCAGUGGGGGCUGCGUAUCUACACCAGUUCAACACAGACUUCACAGCAUUUCUAAAUACCCGAGCAAGAGAGAUGGUUGAUGGGGGAUCCUUGCUUAUAUCUCUGGUGGGUCGUAAUGCAGGCACCCAACUAACGGAGGAGCAAGGAAUAUUAGGAAAUAUUGCGGGCCACUUAGAAUAUGCAUUUGAGGAACUGGUCAAUGAGGGUAUUGUUGAAAAGGAAAAAUACAAAUCAUUCUAUAUACCUUGGUUUGGUCCAAGUUCAGAAGAGGUGGAGAGCAUUGUGAAAAGAGAGGGAUUGUUCGAAAUUGGGAAUAUGAGGGUGUUAGAAGGAAUUCCAAUGCAUCCAAUGACACAUUGGAAACAAGGAAAGGAGAAAAUAUUUGGAAGAUUUGUAGCAAACUAGUAUCGAGCACUAGUUGAGAAUAUCAUAGAAGCUCAUUUGGGAAGUGAGAGAUUGAUUGAUGAAUUCUUCUUAAGAAUUGCUAAAAGAGCUUCUAAUCAAUUUGAAGAGUAUGUCCCCAAAGAAAUAGAGUUGGUUGUUGCUCUUCUCAUUAAAAAUGGGGCACACAAUAACUCCUAUUAAAGAAGAGAUUUUGGUGUCCUCAAUCUCUUCAUUACUUUUAUG